AUGGACGACCGCGAAGUGCGCCGCGUGUUGCGCGCGCGCCCGGGGCUCGCGCGAAGCGGCAUGGCGGAGAAGGUCCUCCCGGGCGUGCGCGUGCUGCUGGCGUGCGGGGUGCCUCCGCGCGACAUGGCGCUCGGCGCGCUGUACGAUUCCGUGUGGCUCGGGCAGCCCGCGGAAAAAAUAAAUGAGGUUGUGCGUUAUCUGAACGAGCUCGGGCUGACCGACGGAGAGAGAAUCGGGACGGUUCUGAGGAGAUUUCCGCGCGCCUUCGCGUUCGAUCCGACCACUCAGUUGCAGCCACGUGUCCAGAAGCUGUUGGACAUGGGAAUCAAGGACACGUCAUACAUUAUCAAAGCCUGCCCACGUCUGCUGCAAUUAUCAUCCGAACGGGUUCAGGAGAGAUUAGAUUUCCUCGCACAGGUGGCAGGCGAGGGCCACGUCAGCGCCAUCGUGCAGCGCCAGCCGUACAUCCUCACCCAGCCAAUCUCGGAGCUCCAAUCCAAGCUCGACGCCUUCCAAUCAAUCCUAGGGUCAGAAACGCUCGCACGGAAAGUCUUCCGGCAGAUCCGACGGCUGCCAGCGCACUCAGCGAGCAAGAUGAUCUCCACCUUCCAUACCCUCUGCGAGAUCGUCGGGGGGGCGGUCAACGCCCAACAGGUGGUCGAGAAACGCUCCAGCAUCCUCGCUACCAACUCCACCACCAUGCUGUCAAACUUCAACCACUGGCGCGCCCUUCUCCCGCAGCUUUCCCCCUCAGAACUCUCCCACCUCUUCGUGAGAUACCCCGCUCUGCUGCACCUGAGCUGGAAGAGCAACAUCGCUCCCAAGGCGGAGUUCUUUCUGCGUGAGCUUGGGCUGUCGGAGGCCGCUGUGGUGGCCGUGCCGCUGGUGGCAUGCUACAGCCUGGAGCAGCGGAUCAGGCCGCGGAUACAGCGGGUGCGGGAUGCGGGGGUUAAGGUUGUGGAGAGAGGUGGCGGGAUUGUGUGCCUGCCUCGGUGUGUGGUUGAUGGGGAGCAAGAGGGUGGUGGUGACGGUGGGAGUGGUGCUACAGAGGAAGAAAGCAAUGGUGGUGGGGGUAGAGUAGAUGAUGUGCGGAAGGGUAAGGGUGACGCUGGUGCUCGCCGUCUAGGGAGGAAAAGACGAGAUGCUUUCUCAGGUGUGAGGGGCAGGGAAAGUGAGCGGCUUGAGGGUGGGUCGAACGCUGCAGAGAUUAGUCUAAGCACAUUGAUUCAGGUGAGUGACAGCAAGUUCGAGCAAUUGCUGGACAGGCUAGUCAACGCCCCUCUUUCGUACUUCCUAAGGCCUAACAAGUCGUUCACGUUAGGAGUGCUCCCCGUAGCCAUCGCCUUUAGCCUCGCGGGAGGCGUGGCGCUCCUCCUCCGCCGCCGCGGCCGGCGGAAGCGGGACGACGCGAUCCGCGAAUCAGCGGAGGAGGUCGCGGAGGCGGGGGAAGGCGGGGAGGGGGAAGGCGGAGAGGGGGAGUAUGGGGACCCGGGGGAGGACGACGAGGAGUUGGCGGAGGGGGAUGCGGGGGACGAGGCGGAGAUGGGGGAGGAGGGGGACGCGGGGGAAGCGGCGGAGGCGGCAGCGGGGUUGAAGCUGCUGAGGGAGGAGUUUGAAGCAGCGUUGUUCGAUGGGAAGGAGUUUGAUAUUGACUGGGAUGAGUUCCCCUACCACAUCAGCAACCACGCCAAGGAGCAUCUACUCGCGUCCUUCUUCGUGCAUCUCAAGCGCACCCGCCUUGCCAAGUUCGUCGCCUGCUUCCCCAACCUCAGCAACUGGAUCCUCCUCUCCGGACCUCACGGCAGCGAGGUGUAUCAGGACACGCUAGUGAGAGCCAUCGCCAGGAAGCUCAACGCGCGCCUCAUUGCUGUUGACGCUGACAAGUUCCUCUCCCCUGCGGACAUGUCAUCGGUGCCAAAGAGGAGGCCAGCAGCAGACAAGCCGCGCGACUCUCUUGACUCCGCAGGCCUCUCCGACUCGCUCGACUCGCCUCUCCAAGGCAUCUGUAAGCCAUCACCCCUCCCGCCCGUCCAUCCAUCACCCCUCCCGCCCUUCCAUCACCCCUCCCGCCCGCCCUUCCAUCACCCCUCCCACCCUUCCAUCACCCCUCCCGCCCUUCCAUCACCCCUCCCGCCCGCCCUUCCAUCACCCCUCCCGCCCUUCCAUCACCCCUCCCGCCCGCCCUUCCAUCACCCCUCCCACCCUUCCAUCACCCCUCCCGCCCUUCCAUCACCCCUCCCGCCCGCCCUUCCAUCACCCCUCCCGCCCUUCCAUCACCCCUCCCGCCCUUCCAUCACCCCUCCCGCCCGUCCAUCACCCCUCCCGCCCGUCCAUCACCCCUCCCACCCGUCCAUCACCCCUCCCACCCGUCCAUCACCCCUCCCGCCCUUCCAUCACCCCUCCCGCCCUCCUCCGCAGUAUGCGAGUUUGUCGAAGCAUCUGGUGGCCAUGGCAGCAAUGAUGGCCGUCGGGGUGGCUCCCCCCCCUCUUCCCCCUCACCCCUCGCUCUACCUCCUGCAGUAUGCGAGCUUUGCAAAGCAUCUGGUGGUCAUGGCAGCAAUGAUGGCUGUAGGAGUGGCAGUGGGGAACACACUAUGCACACCCUUUACCUGUCCCACCUCUUCCCGUCCUCCGCCCACGUCCCGCCUUGCUCCCCUCCCCUCGCCUCCCGCCCUCCUCCUGCAGUAUGCGAGGGACCGUGUCACCUAUGUCAACGUUGACGGCUACAGCACGGACGUGCCCGUCCCCAGCCGCCCCCCUCGCGGGGCCACGGGGCAGGUGGUGGCGACGUAUGAGACGGUGGGGGUGCGCUUUGACUCGCCCGUGCCGGGAGGCCACUCCCUCAGCGGCCUCUGUGACGGGGGGCACGGCCACAUCUGCUAUGCAUCUGAGCUGCUAUUGGAGGAAUCAUCCAGCAGUGUGAAGGAGUGUGCAGCCACCGUGGCUCUCAUGCAGGUGCUGGAGAAGGAGCUGCCACGUGGACCAAUCAUUGUCUUCAUCCGCGACGCGUCGCGAUUGGCCGAGGCUUCCUCGAGUGCCGCCCAGUUUGAGUCUCAAAUGAGUCGUCUGGUGGGGCCCAUCGUGUUUGUCGGCUCCGUGGCUCGCUCCGAAUCCACCUCUGCGGUGGCUGCCAAAGAUGCGGAUGCAGCAGAGGGGGCGGCAGGGGGAACGGCAGCAGCUGCCGGGCCUGCCAGCACGGCUUGGGAGCCUCUCAGUGACAUGUUUCCGAACCGGUUUGUGGUUCGGCAGCCCAGGGCAGGUCCGGCGGCGGAGGUUUGGGCGAAGCUGAUGGAGAGAGACGCGCAGCUCAUGCAGAUGCUGGCCAACCGGCGCAUGCUGGAGAAGGUCAUGGCCACCAACGAUCUCACCUGCACUGACUUGGACAAGGUCACUUUUGCCGAGCCUCUGACAGAGGAAGGUCACUUCGUCCCUCCUCCCUUCACUUCCUCCAUUUCCCUUUUCUCCUCCUCUCUCCCUUUUCCUCCACUUCCCCUUCCCUUCGUUCACUUAUUUGCAUCAUCAGAGGUGGAGAAGGUGGUGGGGUUGGCCGCAGCACACGCAAUCAACAUGCAGUUGGGCGUUCCCUUCACACCUAUCCUCCUUCGAUUCCUUCACUCUUACCAAGUGGUGGGGCUGGCAGCAGCACACGCCAUCAUGCAGGGCGCAGCAGAGGGGGCGAAGGGAGGGGCCACGGAGACCAGCACGGGGGAGUCAGAGAGAACGGCAAAGGAGAAGGAGGGGGAGCAGGAGGAGAGGAGGGAGGGGAAGGGUGAGGAAAAGGAGGGGGAGGAGAAGGGUAAGGAGGGGGGGAAGGAGGAGAGGGAAGGGGAGGUGGAGGAUGGAGAAAGUGACGGAGGCGAGCUUGUCAUUUCAGCCAAGAGUAUAAUGCACGGCAUAGCGCUGCACAGGGGGCUGCAGGAGGAGGCGCUAGAGGUGAAGGCACCCCCAACUGCUGCCAAGGUGGGUGCGCCUCUCACUCAUGGGGUGUCCUGGGCAUGGGUUGCGCUGGGCAUGGGAGCGGCUGUUGGCAGAGCAAAGGUUGUCCUUCCAGAGGAGGUGGGGGUCCUUCCAGAGGAGGUGGGGGUCCUUCCAGAGGAGGUGGGGGUCCUUCCAGAGGAGGUGGGGGUCCUUCCAGAGGAGGUGGGGGUCCUUCCAGAGGAGGUGGGGGUCCUUCCAGAGGAGGUGGGGGUCCUUCCAGAGGAGGUGGGGGUCCUUCCAGAGGAGGUGGGGGUCCUUCCAGAGGAGGUGGGGGUCCUUCCAGAGGAGGUGGGGGUCCUUCCAGAGGAGGUGGGGGUCCUUCCAGAGGAGGUGGGGGUCCUUCCAGAGGAGGUGGGGGUCCUUCCAGAGGAGGUGGGGGUCCUUCCAGAGGAGGUGGGGGUCCUUCCAGAGGAGGUGGGGGUCCUUCCAGAGGAGGUGGGGGUCCUUCCAGAGGAGGUGGGGGUCCUUCCAGAGGAGGUGGGGGUCCUUCCAGAGGAGGUGGGGGUCCUUCCAGAGGAGGUGGGGGUCCUUCCAGAGGAGGAGGUGGGGGUCCUUCCAGAGGAGGUGGGGGUCCUUCCAGAGGAGGUGGGGGUCCUUCCAGAGGAGGUGGGGGUCCUUCCAGAGGAGGUGGGGGUCCUUCCAGAGGAGGUGGGGGUCCUUCCAGAGGAGGUGGGGGUCCUUCCAGAGGAGGUGGGGGUCCUUCCAGAGGAGGUGGGGGUCCUUCCAGAGGAGGUGGGGGUCCUUCCAGAGGAGGUGGGGGUCCUUCCAGAGGAGGUGGGGGUCCUUCCAGAGGAGGUGGGGGUCCUUCCAGAGGAGGUGGGGGUCCUUCCAGAGGAGGUGGGGGUCCUUCCAGAGGAGGUGGGGGUCCUUCCAGAGGAGGUGGGGGUCCUUCCAGAGGAGGUGGGGGUCCUUCCAGAGGAGGUGGGGGUCCUUCCAGAGGAGGUGGGGGUCCUUCCAGAGGAGGUGGGGGUCCUUCCAGAGGAGGUGGGGGUCCUUCCAGAGGAGGUGGGGGUCCUUCCAGAGGAGGUGGGGGUCCUUCCAGAGGAGGUGGGGGUCCUUCCAGAGGAGGUGGGGGUCCUUCCAGAGGAGGUGGGGGUCCUUCCAGAGGAGGUGGGGGUCCUUCCAGAGGAGGUGGGGGUCCUUCCAGAGGAGGUGGGGGUCCUUCCAGAGGAGGUGGGGGUCCUUCCAGAGGAGGUGGGGGUCCUUCCAGAGGAGGUGGGGGUCCUUCCAGAGGAGGUGGGGGUCCUUCCAGAGGAGGUGGGGGUCCUUCCAGAGGAGGUGGGGGUCCUUCCAGAGGAGGUGGGGGUCCUUCCAGAGGAGGUGGGGGUCCUUCCAGAGGAGGUGGGGGUCCUUCCAGAGGAGGUGGGGGUCCUUCCAGAGGAGGUGGGGGUCCUUCCAGAGGAGGUGGGGGUCCUUCCAGAGGAGGUGGGGGUCCUUCCAGAGGAGGUGGGGGUCCUUCCAGAGGAGGUGGGGGUCCUUCCAGAGGAGGUGGGGGUCCUUCCAGAGGAGGUGGGGGUCCUUCCAGAGGAGGUGGGGGUCCUUCCAGAGGAGGUGGGGGGUCCUUCCAGAGGAGGCCUGGAGGCCGUGAAGGACAUUCUUAAGGAACUAAAAAUCACAUCUGCUAACAAGUUCGAAGAGCGGCUACUAGCUGAGGUGGUACCCCCAGACGAAGUCGGGGUGACGUUCAGCCAGAUCGGUGCCUUAGAAGCCGUGAAGGACACUCUGAAGGAGCUCGUCAUGCUGCCUCUCAGGCGGCCAGAGCUGUUCACGCGCGGGCAGCUGACGCGGCCGUGCAAGGGCAUUCUGCUGUUCGGCCCGCCCGGCACGGGCAAGACCAUGCUGGCCAAGGCCGUGGCCACCGAGGCCGGGGCGAGCUUCAUUAACAUAUCCAUGAGCGCCGUGCUGCACAAGGCUGGGCGAGGCCGGCAAGUCAGUCAAGGCGAACGUUACUCCCUCCUUGGCUCCGCCGCUCGCCUCUCCCUCUCCAACAUAUUCUCCCGCCCUCCUUCCUCUCCAACAUAUCCCCCCGCCCUCCUUCCUCUCCAACAUAUCCCCCCGCCCUCCUUCCUCUCCAACAUAUCCCCCCGCCCUCCUUCCUCUCCAACAUAUCCCCCCGCCCUCCUUCCUCUCCAACAUAUCCCCCCGCCCUCCUUCCUCUCCAACAUAUCCCCCCGCCCUCCUUCCUCUCCAACAUAUCCCCCCGCCCUCCUUCCUCUCCAACAUAUCCCCCCGCCUUCCUUCCUCUCCAACAUAUCCCCCCGCCCUCCUUCCUCUCCAACAUAUCCCCCCGCCCUCCUUCCUCUCCAACAUAUCCCCCCGCCCUCCUUCCUCUCCAACAUAUCCCCCCGCCCUCCUUCCUCUCCAACAUAUCCCCCCGCCCUCCUUCCUCUCCAACAUAUCCCCCCGCCCUCCUUCCUCUCCAACAUAUCCCCCCGCCCUCCUUCCUCUCCAACAUAUCCCCCCGCCCUCCUUCCUCUCCAACAUAUCCCCCCGCCCUCCUUCCUCUCCAACAUAUCCCCCCGCCUUCCUUCCUCUCCAACAUAUCCCCCCGCCCUCCUUCCUCUCCAACAUAUCCCCCCGCCCUCCUUCCUCUCCAACAUAUCCCCCCGCCCUCCUUCCUCUCCAACAUAUCCCCCCGCCCUCCUUCCUCUCCAACAUAUCCCCCCGCCCUCCUUCCUCUCCAACAUAUCCCCCCGCCCUCCUUCCUCUCCAACAUAUCCCCCCGCCCUCCUUCCUCUCCAACAUAUCCCCCCGCCCUCCUUCCUCUCCAACAUAUCCCCCCGCCCUCCUUCCUCUCCAACAUAUCCCCCCGCCUUCCUUCCUCUCCAACAUAUCCCCCCGCCCUCCUUCCUCUCCAACAUAUCCCCCCGCCCUCCUUCCUCUCCAACAUAUCCCCCCGCCUUCCUUCCUCUCCAACAUAUCCCCCCGCCUUCCUUCCUCUCCAACAUAUCCCCCCGCCUUCCUUCCUCUCCAACAUAUCCCCCCGCCCUCCUUCCUCUCCAACAUAUCCCCCCGCCCUCCUUCCUCUCCAACAUAUCCCCCCGCCCUCCUUCCUCUCCAACAUAUCCCCCCGCCCUCCUUCCUCUCCAACAUAUCCCCCCGCCUUCCUUCCUCUCCAACAUAUCCCCCCGCCCUCCUUCCUCUCCAACAUAUCCCCCCGCCUUCCUUCCUCUCCAACAUAUCCCCCCGCCUUCCUUCCUCUCCAACAUAUCCCCCCGCCUUCCUUCCUCUCCAACAUAUCCCCCCGCCUUCCUUCCUCUCCAACAUAUCCCCCCGCCUUCCUUCCUCUCCAAACCCUUCCGUACCUUCGUGACUUCCUCCCCUCCCCUCUCCCUCUCCCCUUACCCCCAUGGCUUGUGGCUGGGCGAGGCGGAGAAGUCAGUGAAGGCGAUCUUCUCGGUGGCCAGUAAGAUGGCGCCAGCUGUCGUGUUCGUGGAUGAGGUGGACAGCCUGCUGGGGCGGCGAGGGCAGUGGGGGGAGCACGAGGCGAUGCGCAAGGUGAAGAACGAGUUCAUGUCGUGUUGGGACGGGCUGCGCACGCGGGCGCAUGAGAGAGUGCUGGUUCUUGCCGCCACCAACCGACCGUUCGAUCUUGACGACGCCAUCAUUCGACGGUUCCCACGACGGCUGAUGGUUGACCUACCAGACGCGGACAACAGGGAGAAGAUCCUUAGGGUGAUUCUAAAGGACGAGGAGGUGGAGGAGGGGUUUGACUAUAAGGAGCUCGCUGCCAUGACCGAGGGGUACUCGGGGAGUGACCUCAAGAACCUGUGUGUGACGGCGGCGUAUCAGCCCAUCAAGGAGAUUCUCAAACAAGAGGAGGUGGAGAAGAAGAGGCUGCAGCUGGAGGAAGCUUCCAAGAAGGCGGACAGCUCAACUGCAGCAGCAGCAGGAGAGGUGCAACCACCACCACCCGCUGCUGCAGCAGCUUCUGGUGGGAGCAGUGAGGGGGGUGGGGGGGUUAGUGAAGGAGAUGCAGCAGCGGAAGCAGCAACAACAACAACAGACGGUGGUCGCACACAGGGGCAAGCUGCAGAGGGUGGCACUGGGGUGAGCGAUACUGGUAUGGGCGGCAGUGAAGUGGGCGGCAAGCAGGUUCUGUUUAUUGAGGGCGAUGAGGCCGGGGAGAAGAGCUGCUUGCAGGUUGCUUGUAAUGGAGAUGCUUCUAACGAGAGCGUGUGCAGUGAUCAGGCAGAUGGUACACCUAAGGAGGAAGCGGGAAUGGAAGGAAAUGAGGGGAGAGGAGGGAAGGGAGGAGAGGAGGGUGUGAGCGUGAAAGGUUGUGCUGUGAAAGGGGGAGAGGAUGGACAGGUUGCUGCAGUAAAGGAAGCUGAAGGUGGCCCCUGUGUUGGAGAGGUGAUCAGAAUGAAUGGCACUGUACCGAGUUCCGCUCUAGUAGACGGCGCUUUAGCGAGUGACCAUUCGAUGAAUGGCGUUUCAGACACAGUGACUGCAGGUGGUGUGAGUGAAGAGGAUAUGCUCUGCAGGAAAGAUGCCAGGUCAGGUGAGAUUGAGAGCAGAGAGAAGGAAGAGAAAGAGGAGAGAGCGGAGGUGCGAGAGGGAGGGGGGGUGGCAGAGGCAGCAGGAGGGCGGAGCAUGGAAGGAGGAGUGGCAGAGCAAUUGAGGAUAGAUGAGAGUCAAGCUAAUGGGGGUGAAUCUGCUGCAGCUGAGGCUGGGAGCGACAGAGACAGAGGGAAUGAGAGGGCUGCAGGGGAUGAUAGUGCUGCGAUGGCAGGGGACAGUAUGAUUGUUGGGGACAAAACAAUCGCAGGGAAGAGUGAAAGUGAAGGGGUUGCUGAAGGGAGAGAGGCUGCAACUGAGGAACCAGAAGGUGAAGAAGCGGGUUCAUUAGCCGGUUCACGGGGUAAGGAGGACGGAGGAGGUGAGAAGGGGCGGAGUGAGAAGGUGGAGGGAAGGGAGGGAGAAGCAGAGGAGUCAGCAGAAGAAGCAGGAAAGCAAGCAGCAAAGGAGUCAGCAGAAGAAGCAGGAAAUCAAGCAGCAAAGGAGGCAGCAGAAGAAGCAGCAGAGGAGGCAGCAGAGGAGGCGCUAGUGAGGGGCAUCGUGGAGGACAUUUUGAGGCGCGGCGCUGAUGACAGCAGCAGCGCCUCCCCUGCUGACCUGUGCGCUGACAUGGCAGCUGCGCUGGAGAUGGUAAAGGAGAUCACACGUGAGGACGACACGUCAGCAACAGAUGCCGGGGAAAAGGGAGGUAGUUCCAUCACAAAGGCUAGAGAAGGUGUGGGUAAAUCAGAAGGUGAAGCAGAGCGGAGAGACGGGGAAGGAGGUCCAGGAGGCACUGAAAACGACACUCAGAGCCAAGACCAGCAGCAGUCGCAAGCACCGGAUUCCGCGACCUCUCUCCCUCGCCCUCGCAGCGUCUCCCUCCUCCAAUUAGCCGAGGACAGCUGGCGCGAGCGCACGGGUGCAGGCCUGUCAGGGCUGGGCAAGGCAGGAGCAGACGGUGCUGCUGGCAGCGGCGGCAGCAGUGGUGGCGGCGGUGGUAACCGCGUGUUACGGCUGCGGCCAAUCACGAUGGCGGACAUGCGGGCGGCGAAGCAGCAGGUGGCGCCGAGCACGGCGGGGGACAGCAGCAGCAUGGCGGAGCUGAGGCAGUGGAACGACCUCUAUGGGGAGGGCGGCUCGCGCAAGAAAGAAAAACUGUCCUACUUCCUCUGA